GAUAGCUUAUGAUGGUAUGGGAGUUGUCAAGUGGGAGAUGGAAAAAUUAAGAGUUGGUGGUGAUGAUAAGCCAGUGAUUGAAAGAGGUGGGGAAAUGUGUUUUAUGACACAAACAUUUUAGUGUUCUGAUCUUACAUUAAUGGCGUCAAAAUCCAUCAUUAAUUUCUGUCUUUUUUUUGGCUGAUUCUUUUCCUUUCCUCAAGCUACCUAAACGCUAGCUACCUAGACAGACAACCCCUUAUCUCUUCCGCUUUAUUGCAAAGGUGACGAUGAAUCAUCACUGCGCGGUUCCGGAGUUCGAAAUGGACGAGGAUUACUCUCCUCUUCCGAUGAUUGCGCCGCCGUCUGCGGCGGGUUUAAGCGGCGGCGCAAAGAAGUCUGCAAUGGAAGAUGAGAUUAUGGAGUUGUUAUGGCAGAACGGUCAGGUGGUGGUGCACACUCAGAACCACCAGAGAUCGGUGAAGAGAUCUCACGGCGGCGACGCGGCGAUUCCGGUUCCGGCGGCCAGAGAGGUCGUCGGAUCGGCGGAGGAGGAAAUGGCUACGUCUCAUCAUCAGCCGGAACUAUUCAUGCAAGAAGACGAGAUGGCGUCUUGGCUUCACUAUCCUCUCGUCGACGACUCUCCUUAUCUCUCCGCUGAUCUCCUGUAUCCAUCUUCGUCCUCCGCCGCCGCCGCCGUGGCUCCGCCGCGCGAUUUCCGCGCAUCUGCGCCGGAGGUCCGUCGGCCGCCCGCUCCUCUGCCGCCUAUACCUCCCUCGGGGCGCACCGACGUCCUGCGUUCCCAGAACUUCGCGCGGUUGUGUAGGCCGCCUGCUGGACCGUCGAGAGCGGCGUCGACGGUGGUGGAGUCAAAUGAUACUCCGAUAGUUCCCAGCGAAUAUAGAGAUUCUCACGUUGCAGAUAGUACGGCGCAGGUUUCAGGCGGAAACCUAGGCCCGCGCGGCGGGGCUAUGAGCGGGACUGAAGCUGCGGGCGCGUCAACGGGAGCCAAGGAAAUGACAGUGACGUCUUCUCCAGACGACGGUUCCGGAGCCAGCGUCAGCGCGGAGAAGUCGACAGCUCCGGCGACGGCGAUGGACGACCGGAAGGCCAAAGGAAGCGAAACGGACGACGAGGGUCAUAAUGCGGACACUGACUUUGGGUAUAAUGCAAAGAAGCAAACGUCUUCCAAGCGAUCUCGCGCAGCAGAAGUCCAUAAUCUCUCAGAGAGGAAACGUCGCGACAGGAUCAAUGAGAAGAUGAGAGCUCUGCAGCAACUUAUACCGCGAUGCAACAAGUUGGACAAGGCUUCGAUUUUAGACGAAGCAAUUGAGUAUCUAAAAUCGCUCCAGUUGCAAGUGCAGAUGAUGUCUUUGGGACAUGGGUGUGGCAUGAUUCCGAUGAUGUUUCCUGGGAUCCAGCAGUACAUGCCUGCAAUGGGGAUUGGGAUGGGCAUGAAUCCCCCUGUGGCGCCAUAUCCAAUGGGGGGUCCAAGGUUUCCUAUGCCUGCAUUUCCAAUGCCUACUCCAUUUUCCAUGGCAGAUCCCUCAAGAAUUCAGGCAUUAAACCACACAGAUCCCAUGCUCAACUCACCUCAUAACUCUAGCCACCCACCAUUCCCAACACAGACACAAGUUACACCUUCAAUGAACGAGAUGGCGGAACAUUCUAAUAAGAGCAAGCCCUGCAGCAGCAAAGAUGUUGAGAAUCCAACAACUCUGCAAUGUGGUUGAUUCCCAGGCGGAUCAAUGAUGAGAAGUCUUCCCAACUAAAUUUUGUAGUGUAAGCGAAGCAGGAAGAAGAGUGCAGCCUGCUCGGGCAUUUCUCAGUACAAAAAUAACACAGCUAACAUGUAAUUACUGCCAUAGAAUCGAUGUAUUAAAGUGGUUUCACUCAAUGAAAUUGUUGAAGAUAUGACCAA